AUGGGUAAUCGAGAAUCUGAUCAAAUGAAAUUUUUGCAAAUCCAACUUGAUAAUGUUAAACAAGAGAGUACACGUGUUGAUGAACAAAUCACAACAAUGAAUCAUCAAUGUAAACAAUAUCAAAAUCAAAUGGAGCAACUUCGUCGUCAACUUAAUCAACUUGAACAAGAUGCUAAAAAUAAAAAACCAGCAAACAAAGUUACAUUGCCCACAACAGCUCUUCCCAAUUAUGAUCAAUUUCGUGCUACCAACGAUUUCAAUGCUCAAUCUCAUUCGUUUCCUGUAGCUUCUUCAUCUAGUGCUAUUGAUGUCGAUCCAUUUAAAACAGUCGAUCCAUUUGCUUCUCAAUCUGAUAUAGGUUCAUCAACAACAAUAACAAAUAAUGAUUGGUUUCAAUCACCAAAUAAUGGAAUAACAAAAACUGAUCCAUUUGAUUCUAAAACUGAUAUAUCUCCAAAACCUAAAAAAACUGCGCCUAAAGCAAAUAUUAAACAAACACCAGCAGUUGAUCCAUGGGGUGGAUCAACAACAACAUCUAAUAAUAAUAUAAGCUCACCAUUUGGCACAACAAAUGAAUGGCCACAAUCAUUAUCAACUAUUUCAAAUGGAAAUUCUUCAUCUGGUACUAUUCAGUAUCGAGCGUUAUAUGAUUAUGCACCUCAACGUUCGGAUGAAUUAGCCAUGUUAGCUGGAGAUAUUAUAACGGUUGAUUUAACACAAAAACAACAAGAUGAAAAUUGGUUAUUUGGAAAAAUUGGAAAUGAUAAACAAGGAUUUUUUCCAACUGCUUAUGUUGAACGUGUGCCAUCAACAUCUUCGUCUGCUAAUGGAAAUUCUGUUGAUACAACUUCACUAUUAAUGUCUGGAUCAUGGGUGAUGACAUUAGCAGACUAUCAAGGCAAAACAGUUGAUAAACAUUUAUCAUUUCAAAAAGGUGAACUUAUUCUUGUACGUGAACAAAAAGAUGCUGCUUGGUAUAGUGGACAACUUCGUGGAAAAGUUGGUUGGUUUCCAAGAAAUUAUGUUAGACCAGCAACUGAAGUGGAAAUACAAAAUAAUAAAAAUACGACUAAGUAAGUAGAUUUCUAUUGGACAAUAUCCAUGAAUAACUUUUGUAAUUAUCAAUGAUAAUUUGAUGAAUAGUAGAGAGUAUUUCAAAAGUUCGCUAAAAACUAAAACUUGAAUAUUUCUUCAGUAAUUCAAUCGACUCGCAAGCUUCUUUCUUCAUUUACAGUGGGGACCAAUUGAAUUUCCCCCCUUUGUUUUUUUUGUUUUUUAUUACUAUACUUCUUUUGUUUAUUAACCCACUAUAUAUAGGAAGAAAGUCCGGAACGCGCUGCAUCUUUUGGUAUAUUUAUGCU